AUGGAGUUCCGAACUCUCGCACGACCAGCGGCCCGGCUACUGAACCCUCGUCUUCCUAUCGUUCCCUGCCGUGGUCACAAGACAACAACCCGAACGAAACGAUCUCUCAAGAUCGCUCCUCACGAAUCUUUCCUCCCCGACCGAAAGGCCGCUUUCCCCGCCUCCGACGAAAUCAUCUACAACCCUCCUUCUUCCGAGGCUUCUCCCCUCCACACACCAUUCCUCUUCCUUCCUCCCAACGAUGCGCGCCGAGUCGCUCUCACACGACUCCGACAUACUCCCGGCUCUCCCAUGGAGCCUCUCGCCCACAGCAAGCUUCCUCCAAAGAUGAACUACAAGGCCCGCAACCCCAACUACAACCUCACCGCCGAAGAUAUCAAGGAGAUGAAGAGGCUAAGGCAAGAUGACCCCGUUACAUGGAGCGUCAACAAGCUCGCUGAGAAGUUCGGCUGCUCUGUUGUUUUCGUUAAGAUGGCUGCUCCUGCACCUCAGAACCACCUUGAGGGUGUUAAGCGAAAGCAGGAGAGAAGGGAAGCUCGAUGGGGUGCUAUCCGAACCAACGCAAGAGAGGAACGCAAGAGGAGAACAGAGAUGCUGUACCGUGGCGAGUUGUAG